CGUAAUUGUGUAUAACGUAAAGAUUAACCAGGGCGAACAGCUCUAAAGCAACAAUUCGUUCGACGAUGUGCGGCUAGCAAUGGGUUAGGGUUGUGACAUCAUCCGCCGACAGCUCGGGGAAGGACAGGCCGAAGCGUGCACAGAUCAAUCGGCUGACACAUUCCGAGGCCGGCUGAUCCUCGGCAGCUUCUCCGCAAAGGUCCGUGUCCCCAAAGUGGCAUCGUGCAGCUGCCUUGUCCAGGAUUGACCCUCGAUCGCAACAUCAAUGUCCAUCACCACACGCGCCCAUUCCAUCAAAUUCGGAUCCCUCACCACCAAGAAUCAUCAAAAGUACGCGUCGCCUCCAUCUCUUUCCUGUAUGCGCAAUCACAUUCCCGCUUUCCCGUGGGUUUUCCGCGUGCCUUUUGGCAGUUUUAGGCGUGCUUGAUUCAUCGAUUGUCUUUGCUUGGCCCCUGUCCAAUAGUUGUCGCUCCACCAAAAGACAGCCCUCCAUCCGCAUCCGCAUCAUUUUGCGCCCGCGCCCGCGCCAGCCCGUCUCGUCACACUCACAAUGGGUGUCAUUCGCAAAAAGAUUGCUGCCAGAGGCGGUGAGGGCGGUGUCAAGUAUGUUUGCGACGUUUGCUCUGCAGACAUCACUUCUACUGUCCGGAUACGAUGCGCACACAGCGCUUGCAAUGAGUACGAUCUUUGUGUACAAUGCUUCGCCAAUGGCUCCUCCAGCGGUUCCCACCAGCCUGCCACCCACCCCUUCCGAGUUAUCGAACAGAAUUCCUUCCCCAUAUUUGAUCGCGAAUGGGGCGCCGACGAGGAACUGCUACUCCUAGAAGGAGCCGAGAUAUAUGGCUUAGGGUCCUGGGCCGACAUUGCCGAUCAUAUUGGUGGCUACCGUAGCAAGGAUGAGGUUCGCGAGCACUAUUACAAGGUGUACAUCGAGUCCGAAAACUUUCCGCUUCCGAAACGAUGCAGCCCUCAUGAUAUGGAACUGGCAAACGAGAUUUCGAGAGAAGAGUUCCAGUCUCGCAAGAAGCGCAGGAUCGAAGAGCGACGAGAGGCUGCAAAGAAUGCCCCAGCUCUGCAACCAAAGACGAAACCGACGGCUAGUGUGCCGUCUUGUCACGAAAUCCAGGGGUACAUGCCCGGUCGGUUGGAGUUCGAGACAGAAUAUGCCAACGAGGCUGAAGAAGCAGUACAACUCAUGCAAUUCGACCCAGGCGAUGGCAUCAACCCACGCACCGGCGAGCUCGAGCCAGAGAUGGAGCUCAAGCUCACAGUUAUGGAAAUCUACAACUGCAGGUUAACACAGAGAGCCGAACGGAAGAAGGUCAUCUUCGAACACAAUCUUUUGGAUUACCGAGAAAACAGCAAAAUAGAAAAGAAGCGGUCCAAGGAAGAGAGGGACCUGAUCAACAAGGCGAAGCCGUUCGCACGCAUGAUGAACCGGGAAGAUUUCGAGAAUUUUUGUCAGGGGCUGAUUGACGAACUCAACCUACGGCAAGCCAUUGCUCAGUUGCAAGAAUGGCGAAGCAUGCGCAUUGGUGACCUCAAGAGCGGCGAGAAGUACGAGCAGGAGAAGGCAUUGCGGAUUCAGAAGUCGAUACCUAUGGGAUCCAUGGACCGAGACCGCCUAGCAGCAAACCAACGUGGCAAGAACCAGCCACCACCGGAACCACCAAGCGGCGCCGCCCUGCUGGUCGCGCCAGAGCUUCCCAUCCGGUCGGCAGCGUCAGUCGGAGGCACAAAUGGCGAUGCGGUGAAUGGCGGGAUCAAGAUCGAAGGCAAGGAGAACCAGGUCAACGGGAGCCACAUCAACGGAGGCAGCAUGGUGGUUGCCAAUGGCACGCCAGCGAAACAGAAGUUUGUGGCGCAACCGAUUCCAGGCAUCCAGCCAUUGCCGUUAUCGCAAGACAACGCGCCUGAUCUCCAUCUUUUGACACCAGAGGAAGCGAAGCUCUGCGAGACGUUGCGCUUGCAGCCGAAGCCUUAUCUGAUGAUCAAGGAGCAGAUUUUGAAGGAGGCCGUCAAGAGCAACGGCAGCUUGAAGAAGAAGCAGGCCAAGGAAAUCUGCAGGCUGGAUACACAAAAGGGAGGGCGCAUCUUUGACUUUAUGGUGAAUGCUGGAUGGGUCAUCAAGGCUUGA